AUGGCUUCUAAUAAUGAAGAGGAAAGUUCGCCUUCAAAUUUACGACGCAAACGUAGUUCGCAAACACCACAAGUCAAAUUCGAUCUCGGUUUCUGCCAAAAUAUAGACAAUGGCAAUGACUCAUCAGAUGAAUUUCCCACAUUUUUCAAGUGUUCGGAUCACUCUGAUGAUCCGACGCCAUCUCCGCUCGCUUCCAUCGUAAAUGAUGGCAAUCCUCUACUGCCGGCAGCAUCAGCACUUUCCAUUGAUCAAAAAUCAACUAAGAAACGUUACACAAGAAACAUGUCUGGUCCGAAUAUGGCAUCUGUUGGCUUACGAACAACAAAUGUCUCGACACCAAAAGAAUUGUGUGAUUUAUUAGGUGGAUCUCGUGUUAUAAAUAAAAUCCUUAUUGCAAAUAAUGGAAUAGCCGCGGUUAAAUGUAUGCGUUCAAUACGUCGUUGGUCAUAUGAGAUGUUUCGACAGGAAAACGCGAUCAAAUUUGUUGCAAUGGUUACACCGGAAGAUAUGAAAGCGAAUGCUGAGUAUAUCCGAUAUGCAGAUCAUUAUGUUAAUGUGCAAGGUGGCCCUUCACAUAUGAACUAUUCGAAUUGUGAAUUAAUUCUUGAUAUUGCAAAACGAUUUCCUGUCGAAGCUGUUUGGGCCGGAUGGGGCCAUGCCUCCGAAAAUCCAAAACUGCCAGAACUACUACAUAGUCACGGAAUAAUAUUUAUUGGUCCACCAGAGCAAGCCAUGUGGGCGUUAGGAGACAAGAUAGCUUCCACAAUUAUUGCUCAAAGUGCUGACGUGCCAACAUUGCCAUGGAGCGGAUCGCAUCUGAAACUGGAUUGGAACGAUCAAGAUCGAGAAAAUGCUACUGUUCCCAUCGAACUAUACGAACGAGCAUGUGUGACCGAUGGUAAAGAAGGUGUUGAAAUUGCUAGUCGAAUUGGCUUUCCAGUGAUGAUCAAAGCAUCUGAAGGCGGCGGUGGAAAAGGCAUACGUAAAGUGACGAAUCGUGACGAUUUCGAGAAUUGUUUUCGUCAAGUCCAAGCUGAAGUUCCCGGCUCUCCAAUAUUCCUUAUGAAAUAUGCGGAUAGUUGCCGGCAUUUAGAAGUGCAAAUACUUGCUGAUCAGAGCGGCGAAGCAAUUUCUUUGUUCGGUCGAGAUUGUUCCAUUCAACGAAGACACCAAAAGAUUAUUGAAGAAGCGCCAGCCAUUAUCGCUCCACCAGAGAUUCUUGAACAGAUGGAGAAAGCGGCCGUACGUUUAGCUAAAAUGGUCAGCUAUGUUAGUGCGGGAACGAUUGAAUAUUUGUAUAAUCCAAGUGAUCAAACAUUCUUUUUUCUUGAAUUAAAUCCUCGAUUGCAAGUAGAACAUCCAUGCACGGAAAUGAUCACCGAUGUUAAUCUGCCUGCAUGUCAAUUACAAAUUGCUAUGGGAAUAUGCUUACAUCGGAUAAAAGAUAUUCGUUUAUUGUAUGAAGAAGAUCCGUUUGGAAUUGGACCGAUUAAUUUCGAUGCUCCUCGUACAAAACCUCAUCCACACGGACAUGCCAUUGCCGCGCGUAUCACAAGUGAAAAUCCAAAUGAAGGUUUUAAACCAAGCUCAGGAACAGUUGAAGAAUUAAAUUUUCGUAGUGGGCAAAAUGUCUGGGGAUAUUUCAGUAUCUCAUCAGCUGGUGGCCUACAUGAGUAUGCUGAUUCACAAUUCGGACACAUCUUCUCACAUGGUGAUACACGUGAAGAUGCUCAAAAAAAUUUAGUUGUAGCAUUAAAAGAAUUAUCAAUUCGCGGAGACUUUCAUUCUACCGUGGAAAUCUUGAUCCGACUACUCGAAACAGACGAUUAUAUCAACAAUACUAUUAAGACUAGUUGGCUCGACGGUUUAAUUGCUGAACGUUUUCAAACGAAAAAACCUGAUAUCAUCUUAUCUGUGGUUUGUGGUGCAAUACAUAUUGCAGAUGAAACUUUUAGAAAUAAUUUCCAAAAUUUCCAGUCCUCGCUCGAACGCGGUCAGAUAUUACCCAUGAGUGUUCUCUCAAUUUCACAUCAUGUGGAGCUCAUUUAUGAAUAUAUCAAAUACAAAUUACAGGUGACACAAUGCGGUCCCACUCGAUUUUUUGUUGUCAUGAACGAUUCUUAUGUUGAACUAGAAGCACAUCGUAUGAAGGACGGUGGAAUAUUAAUCAAUUUAGAAAAUUCGAGUUAUUUAACAUUUAUGAAAGAAGAAGUUGAUAGUUAUCGAAUUGUUGUUAAUAAUAAAUCAUGUGUAUUUCAAAAAGAAAACGACCCAUCAAUAUUAAGGUCGCCAUCGGCAGGAAAACUUCUUCAUUACACAGUUGAAGACGGAGGCGCUAUUGAAGCAGGACAAGUCUACGCUGAAAUUGAAGUUAUGAAGAUGGUGACAGAAUUACGUUGUCCAUCGAAAGGACAUCUUCAAUGGAAUAAACGAUCGGGAGCUAUACUUGACGCCUCGUGUAUUCUCGCACGUAUUAUAUUUGAUGAUUCUCAACAAAUUCAGCAAUCAAAACUGUACGAUGGGAAAUUUACGUUCGAGAAUUUGAAUCAUUUAGCGAGCACAAAAGUCAACCAAGUCUUUCAAAUAAUCAAAGGUUCAUUAGAAAAUAUCCUUGCUGGUUAUUCUUAUCCCGAACCGUAUUUUCGCGAACGACUAAAGUCAGAUGUCGAACAGUUAUUUUCAAUUUUACGCGAUCCUGCAUUACCUUUACUCGAAGUUGAAGAUAUUCUGUCGAACAUAUCCGAUCGCAUACCUAAAGAAGUCGAAAAAGAAACGAAGAAAAUUAUGAAAAGCUACAAGAGCAAUCUAACAUCUGUCCUCGUGCAAUUCCCUUCUCAAGCAAUCGCAUCUGUUUUUGACAGUUACGCAUCAAAAUUAGAGAAAAAAAGUGACCGCGAUGCAUUCUUUGUAACUGUACAAAGUCUUGUACAACUAGUUCAACGAUAUCGAACAGGUAUCAAAGGUCAUAUGAAAUCGUUUAUAACUGAUCUGAUCAGGAACUAUUUGAACAUCGAAACAUUAUUUCAAUACGGACAAUACGAUAAAUGCUUAACAUUACUACGCGAUAAACAUAAAAUCGAUAUGCAUAAAGUUGUUGAAAUUGUUUUUUCACAUGCGAAUUACAAUGCAAAAAAUACUCUUGUAAUUAUGUUAAUUGACUUAUUAUUUGAUCGUGAUCCCACAUUAACUGAUGAACUGACAGUAUUAUUAAGUGAAUUAACGUCCUUAACACAUGUAACCAAUUCGAAAGUUGCUUUGAAAUCUCGACAAGUGAAAACUGCUUUUCAACAACCACCCUAUGAAUUACGACAUAAUCAAAUGGAAUCGAUUUUUCUCAGUGCAAUUGAUAUGUACGGACAUAAGUUAUGUCAAGAAAAUAUUCAAAAACUAAUCCUGUCUGAAACAAGUAUCUUCGAUGUUCUACAUAGCUUUUUUUACCAUUCCAAUGUUCAAGUUUGCCAAGCAGCACUAGAGGUUUACGUACGUCGAUCAUAUAUUUCGUAUGAUCUGAAUAGUAUCCAACACCGAUUUUUAUCCGACGGAACUUGUGCUGUUCAGUUUGCCAUGUAUCUUCCACAUAACCACCCGAAUCGGUUAUUUCAACAUGAAAAUAUCGCUCGUGUUGGCAGUGUCAGCGGUGAUUUAAUGUCACUAAGUAGUCUGGAUUCAGAAUUAUUCCAACGUAAUGGUAUUUUCGCUGCUUUCGAAAGUUGGGACCGUGCGAAAAACUCAUUUGAUGAAUUGUUAACACCAUUUACAACGACAUAUCCUGAUGCACAUUCAUCUCAGUUUCGUGCUAAGCGCGCGCAGCUACACAAUCGGCAAUCGUCGUACGACGGCUCAUCAUCACUCUCACAUACGAAUAGAAUUGACGAAGCAACAAAUCUGAUCUAUGUUUUUAUCAAAGAUGAUGUGAACCUACAGCAGGGUUCAAAACUUGAACAUGUUUUCUCGGAAUUUAUACAAGCGAAGAGUGAAGUCUGCAAAGCGAAGAAUAUCCGACGGGUGACAUUUUCCGUCGCUGCCAAACGUCAAUUCCCUAUGUAUUAUACUUACCGAAAACGAUUGGAUUUUCAAGAAGAUAAAAUUUAUCGAAAUUUAGAACCAGCACUCGCGUAUCAAUUAGAAAUCUAUCGCUUACGAUCAUUUGACCUUGAAUUUAUACCUACUUCCAAUCACAAAAUGCAUCUCUAUUUAGGCAAAGGGAAGAUUUAUUCGAAACAACAUGAUGCUAUUGACCAUCGAUUUUUUGUUCGAUCGAUUAUUCGCCAUUCCGAUUUUGUUACCAAAGAAGCAAGUUAUGAUUAUCUUCAAAAUGAAGCCGAACGAACGUUAUUAGAAGCCAUGGAUGAGUUAGAAAUCGCCUUUUCCCAUCCACUAGCAAGUAAAACCGACUGCAAUCAUGUUUUCAUGUGUUUUGUGCCGACGGUUUGUAUCGAUCCGCCGAGACUAGAGGAAAGUGUUCGUAAAAUGGUAUUACGUUAUGGACUUCGAUUAUGGAAACUUCGUAUCCUUCAAGCCGAGUUAAAAAUGACCAUACGCUUAACACCUGACUCUGAACGGAUUCCCAUGCGUGCAUUUCUAACCUAUGAAAGUGGUUACUAUCUUGACAUAUCUCUUUAUCGUGAAGUGAAAAAUCAAACGACAGGACGGACUAUUUUCCAAAGUUAUGCUACCGAUAGAACAGGACCUUUGGAUGGUCGAGCUUUGUAUGAUCCAUACGUGACAAAAGACCAUUUACAGUAUAAACGUUUCACUGCUCAGUCAAAUAAUACACCGUAUGUCUAUGAUUUUCCUGAGAUGUUUCGACAAGCAUUGCUAUUAAUUUGGAAACAACAUGCAGAGAAAAAUAAACUAAAGGACAAUUUGAUUCCAGCUGAUAUCUUUAGCUUUGAAGAACUUAUUCUUGACGUAUCACAUCAAAUUAAUCAAACGGAUUCUGCCUCCUUAUUGUUACCAGGUAACACACAAUCGUCAUCGCAUGCCAGUGGUUCUGCAGAUCAUGUCAAACGAUGCGGUCUUCUAAUUCGGCGACGUUCACCAGCGGAAAAUGAUUGUGGGAUAGUUGCAUGGCGUUUUCAUAUGAAAACACCUGAAUGCCCAUCGGGGCGUUCGAUUAUUGUUAUUGCCAACGAUAUAACGUUUAAAAUCGGUUCAUUUGGCAUGGAUGAAGAUUUAUUAUUCCAACGUGCUUCGGAAUUAUCACGUCUCGAACGUAUACCACGAGUAUAUAUUUCAGCGAAUAGCGGUGCACGUAUUGGCUUAGCAGAAGAACUGAAAGAUCUUUAUCAUAUCGCUUGGAAUGAUCCAAAUGAUAUUGAAAAAGGCAUCCAGUAUUUAUAUUUAACAGAAAAUGGCUAUAGUCGUGUAUCACAUUUGAAUUCUGUUCGAACAGAAAGAAUCGAAGAACAUGGAGAAGUCCGAUAUAAAAUCGUUGAUAUUUUUGGUAAAGAAAACAGUUUAGGGGUAGAAAAUUUACGUGGAUCAGGCAUGAUUGCUGGUGAAACUUCGUACGCAUAUAAUGUUGUACCAACAAUUAGUCUCGUUACUUGUCGAGCAGUUGGUAUUGGUGCCUAUCUUGUUCGAUUAGGUUCACGUGUAAUACAAGUGGAAAAUUCCCAUAUUAUUCUAACGGGCGCUGGGGCACUAAACAAAGUUCUUGGUCGGGAAGUUUACAAUAGUAACAAUCAGCUAGGCGGUACGCAAAUCAUGUUUAACAAUGGUGUCACACAUGAUGUUGUUAAGGAUGAUUUCGAAGGAUGUGUACUUAUACUUCGAUAUCUUUCAUAUAUGCCUGAAACGAUGUCACAUUUGCCACCAGUCUUAGCACAAUUCAAUGACUCAGUCAGUCGCCCAAUUGAUUUUAUGCCUACAUCAACACCCUACGAUCCGAGACAUAUGAUUCAAGGAAGACAAAUGACUGCAUUGUCGGCCGCAGCAACAGCAAAUACAAACGAAUCAGGAACAUCGAAUUCGUCUGCAUUCCAAUCAGGGUUUUUUGACCGAGAUUCAUUUAUUGAGAUUAUGAAAGGUUGGGCAAAAACUGUCGUUUGUGGUCGAGCACGUCUCGGUGGCAUUCCAAUGGGUGUUAUCACGGUAGAAACUCGUACAGUUGAAUUGGAGCAACCAGCAGAUCCAGCUAAUUUCGAUUCUGACGCACGUACAAUUCAACAAGCUGGUCAGGUUUGGUUUCCCGAUUCAGCGUUUAAAACCGCUCAAGCCAUCAACGACUUCAAACGUGAACAUUUGCCACUGAUGAUCUUCGCGAAUUGGCGUGGUUUCAGUGGUGGAAUGAAAGACAUGUUCGAUCAAAUCAUUAAGUUCGGCGCUUACAUUGUUGACGCUUUACGCGAAUACGAUCAACCUGUUUUCAUUUACAUUCCACCGUACGGAGAAUUGCGCGGCGGUGCUUGGGUAGUUGUCGAUCCAACGAUAAAUUUGCCCUACAUGGAAAUGUAUGCGGAUCGAUUCAGUCGCGGUAGUGUACUAGAACCCGAAGGAACUGUCGAAAUCAAAUAUCGUUCAAAAGAUUUGAUUAAGACAAUCCGUCGACUCGACCCGAUCUGUCGUGAACUAAUUACAAAUGUGAGUACUACAACAAACAAUAACAAAGAAGAUUUAGAAAAACAAUUGACUGAAAGAGAAAAUGAAUUAUUGCCGAUAUAUCAGCAAGCUGCUGUGAUGUUCUGUGAUUUACAUGACACGCCGGGAAGAAUGUUAGAAAAAGGAGUUAUUCGAAAUAUUCUUGACUGGCGAACAAGUCGCGAAUUUUUUUAUUGGCGCUUGAAACGACGUUUAGCGGAGGACAGUGCGAUUAAAACCAUCCUAGCUGCCGAUUCUUCGUUUAAUUAUCUGACGAUCUUGAACUACUUGCAAGAAUGGUUCAAUGAAGAUCGAAGCGAUGAAACUGUAGACUGGAUGAAUGAUAAAGACGUCGUUGGAUGGUUUGAAAGAGUGAAUCAAUCAUCUUUGCUAAAUGAUCGAAUAAAAACUCUUCAGAGACAAAGCGCGCGAGAAACGAUUCAUCGACUACUACAACUGUACCCCAAUCUUUUAUCUGACGUCAUUGAACAUUCAAAUGAUGAUCAAUUGUACCGACUUCAUCGUCAUUUCAACAAUAAAACCAGCGACCAGUAA